AUGGCAAUGGCAACACGAGCAUCACUCACGCCCUUCCGAGUCGGCACCAAAGAGCUACACCUCCCCGACAUAUCAAUCACCCUCCUCCGGACCGCCAACUCCCCCGCCCACACCGCCAAAUUCCAAGUGCCCCCCUGGUUCUCCAAGCUCGACCUCCGCGACUACCUCUUCCACGUCUACGACGUCCGCAUCCUCUCCGUCCGCAGCUACGUCAAACAAUCCCGCGUCCAAGAAGGCGACCCCAAGAUCCCUCGCCCGCAACCGAGCAGAUGGCAUCGUCCCCGACCAACGAAGUUCAUGACGGUGGAGUUGGAGCGGCCGUUCGUGUGGCCCGAGGAGCCGGAGGAUUAUGCAGAGUGGAAUAAGGGGGAGAUGGAGGAGAGUGAGGAGGAGCAGAAAAAAUUGCAGGAGUCGUUGGGGCCGACGAGGGAUACGAUUGGAAAUGAGGAGCGGAGGACAGCGAUGCGGGAUCAGGCGAAGGCGUUGUUGGAGGGGAGGGUGAAGUGGAAGCCGGUGGCGGAGAAGGGGAGUGGGAGGUUGUUGGGCCGGUGA